AUGGCAUCCAAAAAUGCAGAGCUCUCGCUGAUCAAGCGUUUUCACAUGCUUAGUCAAGACUAUGAUGCGCGUCCAGCUAUCGCCAGGCGCAAUACCCUGCCUGUGCUCUCUCGUUUCCUGUCGAGCAAUGAACGUGAAGCACAAAAGAUGUGCCUGGAAGCAAUUUACCUGCUCGCACAGCAUCCAGAUAAUGUCGAUCUGCUUGGUAGUGAAGUUGGCUUAGUGAAUGGGAUCUUCCACAUUUAUAGUGAGGCGCAAUAUAACGAUCCAGAGCUGUACGAACUUUCUAAUCUCACGUUAGAUACUCUUGGUCCUGGUUUGCGCGAUGGGGACCCGCGUCGCACUGAGGUUUUACGCCACGCAGCGGAGGAUAGGUCGGUGUCGCCGGUUGAAGAUUCACGCGAACCUGAUUAUAGCAGUCUACGCAACAGCGCUGGCGAGGCGGAGUCGUCGCUGGAGACGGGGCCCGGUCUCAACGACGUGGCCACGACCACCCGUGCGCGGACCACACACAUGGUAACGCUGGAGGUUCCAGCGCUUUAUGUCCAUACCGACACAUCGGACAUCGAGGCGAUUCUUCAGAAAACGAAGGGCAUCAUUUCUUACACCAUCACCUCUAGCGCGCAUCAACUGCGCGUGUUCAUGUCCCGUGAGGCGCUUGACCCUCUUCAAGAUGGCCUCAAUGACGCCGGCUAUGUCAAUCUGGUGCUCAGCGACGAGCGAAUAGGAAGACAAGAGGACAUAGGAAACAAUUAUUGUCAUACUAAUAAAAGUUACUACGAUGAGGAAGAAAAACGGCCUUCAUAUUUGGAAGGUGCUAAAUUUUUUGCCUCCAAUCUAUACAAGGCGGUAACAUUAUACACUGGAAAAAAUAGCAACACACUGGCGGCACGUGUUCAGCGACAGCGAGAAGUAGGGGAUCAGAAGGGUAGCCGGGUAGCGGACCGCUUCGUGCGGAAUAUCGCAAGUUGGUUCUGA